CCCAUACAAGCCAAUAACAUCAGAGUGUUGUUACAUAACAGGACUGCAGUCGGUGCGGCUUCACCUCCAUUCAGCCCUACAUCUCCUCGCAAUGGCAGCUCCGAAGAAAGUCUGCAUCGUGGGCUCUGGAAACUGGGGCUCUGCCAUCGCCAAGAUUGUGGGUGCCAAUGCUGCCAAAAAUCCACAUUUUGACAACACAGUCAAAAUGUGGGUGUUUGAGGAGAUGGUAAAUGGGCGCAAACUAACUGAAAUAAUCAACACAAGCCAUGAAAAUGUGAAGUAUCUGCCUGGACACAAGAUACCUGCAAAUGUGCUGGCAGUGCCAGACCUGGUGGACUCAUCCAGCGAUGCAGACAUUUUAGUUUUUGUGAUCCCACACCAGUUCAUCGGCAAAGUGUGCGACACCAUGAAAGGCAAGAUUAAGAGCGAUGCGCUGGGAAUAUCCCUAAUCAAGGGUGUAGACGAGGGGCCUGAGGGACUUAAACUCAUCUCUGAUGUGAUCCAAGAGAAGCUCGGCAUCACUAUGAGCGUGCUGAUGGGGGCGAACAUUGCCAAUGAGGUUGCUGAUGAAAAGUUUUGUGAGACCACCAUUGGCUGUAAGAAUAAAAACCAUGGGGCUCUCCUCAAGGAGCUCAUGCAGACCAACAACUUCAGAGUAACUGUGGUAGAGGAGUACGACGUGGUGGAAAUCUGUGGAGCACUGAAGAACAUCGUCGCAGUCGGUGCAGGUUUCUGUGACGGUCUGGGUUUUGGGGACAAUACAAAAGCAGCGGUGAUCAGGUUGGGCCUGAUGGAGAUGAUCGCCUUUGCACGCAUUUUCUGCACUGCCGGGCCCGUGUCCUCUGCAACCUUCCUGGAGAGCUGCGGCGUGGCCGACCUCAUCACAACCUGCUAUGGCGGCCGCAACCGCAAAGUAGCAGAAGCUUUUGUAAAAACAGGGAAGUCCAUCGAGGAUCUGGAGAAAGAGAUGCUAAAUGGUCAGAAGCUUCAGGGACCAGCAACAGCAGCUGAGGUUUACCUCAUCCUCAAGCACAAAAACCUGAUUGACAAGUUCCCUCUGUUCAAUGCAGUGUAUCAGAUCUGCUACCAGGGCCAUCCAGUCACAGAGUUCAUCAGCUGUUUGCAGAACCACCCGGAGCACAUGUGAAGAGGAAAAACUGAGUGCCUUCUUAACUGGGAACAUACCCCCCCC